UUUUGGUUCCGACUACGAAUGAACUCUUUUGCCUAGAAAACAAAGCUACCGGUAUGCGUGGAGUUUCAGUUUCGAUUCCAAAGAAAAUUGUUGGCAUGAUGUCGGCAUCAUAUGAGGAUAUUGUGAAGUUCGUCGCGAAUAAUCUUAAAUGCUUGAUAUGUUUUAACAUUUUCACAAAGCCAGUUACACUAGUUUGUGGGCAUAACCAUUGUCUGAAAUGCAUCAAUGAAUAUUGGUCACGUAACGUUAGCGGCGCAAAGAGAGAUUGCCCACAGUGCCGGACAGAUAUAAGCAGUAAACCAGAAAUUAACUUUACUCUGUGUGACAUACUGGAAUUACAGGAGCUUGGUGGUCGCGAGAGGUGGGAGCAAAUUCUGACAGAAACAGAUCAAGACUAUAGACCUCAACACGCUGGGAGAACUAUUACAAAAGUGGAUAGUUUAAUGAAACACCUGGAUUGGUUAAAUACUGAGAUGAAAAAGACAGAGGAUUCACUUUCAGCUGAACUAAACUCAAAUCAGGCAUGUGAGGAUGGGUUUUUUGAUUCCUCGGCUGUUCCGAUGGAUGUUUCCAGCUCAUCUAUUGACAGUGAUGCUUCAACUUAUGCUGACAGAAGUUUUAGUCUGGCAUCAGGGGAUCAUCAGGAACAAUCUUCUCGGUACAGUACGGAGAGUUCUCAGGAGAUUGUAGAAGAGGAUCCAGUCUAUCUGUCUGAAGAUGCUGAUCUAACUCUCAGUGCAGGAGCACAGCAUCAUAACAGCGACGGUGCUGAGGCUGCUGUUCAUCCAAAGUUUGUUGAGCUUUCCUUCUCUCCCCACCUGGGAAACCGAAGGCUGGGUUUUCAUACAGAAAGCCGUACAAUGGCAACACAACCAGGGCCCCAAGUUAGAACUUCACAUGGGCGCUUUGAUGCCUGUCAGUGGAUGGCGAUGCAGGAAUUCACAGGAGGGUGGUUUUACUGGGACGUGGACACCACACGCAGCACUGGAUGGGCCGUUGGGGUGGCGUAUCCCACUCUGAUGCGUAAUGAGAUUUUGGGAAGAACUUCCUCAUCUUGGUGUUUGGAGUGGAGCUGUAGGCAACUGAGUGCUUGUCACAAUAAUAUAAAGACCCCUGUUAAGCAUAGUGUCCUUAACGGGAUCAGAGUUAUUCUGGACAUGGCAAAAGGACAGCUGUGCUUUCAUAGUCUGGAUGAUAGCCUGCUUGAAUUACACAGUUUCCACAUUAAUUUCACUGGCCCUCUCAGACCUGUCGUCUGGCUUUAUGGGUUGUCGAAAUGUCAAAAUGCUUUAACAUUUCCUUUACAAUAGCUUAUAUACUCCAUUUUGCUUACAAAGUAUCCUAUUUAUAUGUCCUAUAUAUAUAAAAAAAGGAAUCUUGAAUUGUAUUUAACUUUUUUCAUUACAUACCUGUGUAAUCUCAUUUGGUUUCUGGUAUUUAACCGCUUAGCAUUACACAACCAUAAAUAUUCUAGGACCAAAGAAUGCCCUUUUUGCCUUGUUCAGCCAGCUUCAUUUCUCUCCAUCGUCCCUGAUUAAAAAUAAUAAUAAUAAAA